AACAAAAAAAAUCAUGUUUUUAAAACUUGGGUACUCAAAAAGAUUGCAUUGUUAUUUUAAGGUUUACAAUAUUAUUGAUAUCUCAGAAUUUUCCAAGUUAGGCAGUACGAUCACUUGCAACACUACAUGAUCAAGUGUAAGUGGAAGAUUCUUAAUCAAACCAGUACAGUUAUUUUUGCAUGAAAAUAAAUUACCAUGUGUUUAAAUUAGUUGUUUUUAGCAGAGUGUGUUUUAAAUUAGUUUUCUUUGAGCGAAAUGCGUAGUAACACGGGUUGUGUGCAAAUAGAGAAAAAGAGUAGGGUUUUUUUUUGAGACGUUGAGAGAAAAGAAGAAGCGGAUGGGCCAAAGCGGUCAGGCCCAUGUACCUGGUGGCCGUGCAACAAUUCAUCAUCGACCAAGCCUUCCAUCCUUCUCUGCUCUGUUCCUGGCGAGUUCAACGGCAAACGAUGGCGGCGCCGGCGAGGGGACGAACGGUGAGCAAGACGAAGACGCGUGCGUCGUCUUCCAGGCCGGCCUUGCCUCCGCCGUGCUGGAACAGGAACUGGAACUGGAAGCAAGCCGCCGGGUCAUGUCAGCCAUGGUCACCAUGUCUAGUCUCAGCCGCUCACCGAAGCCGUCGCCAUGCCUGGAGCCAAGGGAGCGGAUGUGGCGAGGAUCGGUGCCAAAUGGAGGUGCCCGCCAAUGAAAGACGUCGCCGAGAAUGAUCACCUUGUUGAACAGUAUAGCGCAGAACAAUCAUGGACCAUCAGCAAAGUCGGAUCCCAGGUAGACUCAACAGCUCUGUUCUGUGACAUCUGAUAUUAAUGACAUACUCUUUGGAGUUGUCUCAUGAAGAAUUUUUUAAGAUUGGAACGGUUAGGUUGAUCUAUCUAUUUAUCUGUUGUUUUCUAGGCUUUACUGUACAAUCAAGACUAUGGUCUUUUAAUAGACCACUCUGAUAGACAGCUCUGUUUUGUGGCUCCAUUGUUGCAUGGCCAUUUACAAAUUUUAUUGGCUCGAUGCCUCGGUUUCAUAUAAUGCUUACUCUACUGUAAAUUAUACGUCCGGAGCCGGACUAGCACCGCUUAGUUGAUGUACAUGUAAUGAAAUCCGUCAUGUUUAUAUGAA